CAGUAUCGCCUGGAUUUUACCGCUCUUUACCGCUCUGUUCUGCCGCCGUCUUCCGCCCCACUGGCUCCGCAAGCCCCGAACACGGUUCGAACGACUUUGGAGAGGUGUAAUAUUAUCCAAUUUUUUCCCAUCUACUACGAGCACGACAGCGGUUUAUCUAAGCGGACAGCUGCUCUUGAGCUAGCUACUUACGCAAUCCGGACAGCUGAAAAUGUCAUCAGGGUUCGUGUCCGCGGGGACAGACCAAGAACCAGUAGAACGCGACGAGGAAUGGCUUCGCGUACAACAUGAGCUGGAGGAGGAGCGGCAACGAAAGGCCGAGCUGAGCAGGCAAGAUGGCGGGAAAAGCUUGUUUGAAGUUCUCGAACAGAACAAGAUGGCCAAGCAGGAAGCUUUCGAAGAGAAGAUCAAAUUGAAGAAUCAAUUCCGUUCGCUGGAUGAAGAUGAGGUUGACUUCCUCGACUCGAUCAUGGAGUCGACACGUGCCCAGGAAGCCGCCGUCAAAAAGGAGACCAUCGAGCAGCUCGAGGUGUUUCGCCGGCAACGGGAGGAGGCAGAGAAGGCUCUUAUGGAGGACAAUACCGCGGACGUCGUACCGCCAGCUGAGGGGGAAGAGUGGAAGAUACCGGCGCGCAAAAGGCGGCGCGAUAAGAAUAAGAACCUUCUUAUUCCCGGCAAGAAGCGAAAGUCCAUGGGUGACGGUGCCGAGGAAGGGGCCCCUGCUAAAGAACUGAAGUCGGACAAAUAUGCAGAUGAAACCAAGAGAAGCAACGAAGGCAGCAGGGAGUCAUCCGGUUCCGCCCCGCCCCCGAAGCCUCCCGUUCAAGGUGCCACAAAUUCGACACGUCUAGCAAACGAGACAUCGAAGGAGGAAGAGAAGGCAGACUCGGGACAAUCGCAAGCGAAACAAACCUCGCCACCUCCGUCUACUUCUCUUGGCUUAGCUGGUUACAGUUCCGAUUCGGAGUAAUGCGCAGUUUCCUCGUCGAAUACCAGAGCACGACAUGGCCCCUCCUAGCCCAUGUCAUCUCACGCUAUUACAGAACCUUCAAAGGUUCUCCAUCAACAGAAGCGUACAAGUUGACCAGUGCUGUUGACAGUGGCCCUCUAGUACACAGGUCUAUUGACUCCGAUCGUACAUCCGAAUGUGUGUUUUUCAUGAUCAUCACUAGUACUAAUUUCCACAUGGCAGUGCACUUUCCGACAUGGAAUACUUUGUCUGUUUUCAGUCAUCACUGGGUGGCAUACAUUUGAUUAUACAAUUAGGGCACACGAAUUCCAAAAACAAUAUAUCAUUCACUA